AGCCCCGGGCCCUGGAGCCCCCGAGCCCUCGAGGACCGCGGGGACGUUCUUGACCCCGCGUCGCUGUCGGACCCGGUGGUCGGGGGCGGCCCCGGGGCCGCGGGCUUCCUGCUCCCCGCGGGCGUGUAGGGACGCGGCUCGCGAGGACGAAGCGGUUCAGAACCGGGUGACCGGGCUGCGGCGUGCGGACCCGGUCUGGGCCUCCGCGCCGGCGCCCGUGCCCGCCGAGUGCCCUCCGCGGACGCCCCGCGCCGCCCCGCCGAGCCUGCCGGGUCCCCGCGCCCCGCGUCCGGCGAAGCGCUCGGCCCGCGAGUAGGGUCCGGUCCCCCCCGCCCGCGCCGAGCCAGGCCCCCGCGGCACGUCCCCGCUGUCCGUCCGCGGGCCCCGCCUCUGCCCCUCGCCGCGGACCCCGCUGCCCCUGGGGCCAGCGGUCCGGCCAGAGCCCGCCUCGCUGUCCUCACUGUCCGAGAGCGAGUUCUCGGCCGCAGUGACACAGACGGGCGCCGGGGCUCCACGAAGUCCCCGCGGCGCGACGAGAGAGGAGACUCGGGGGAGCAGAACCCACGGCAGGUCUCCCGCCCGCCGGCCCUGGCGCUGGUGGCGCAGAGACGACGUGGGGUCCCGCCGGUCGGGGGCUUCCCCCGGCCGCUGUGGCCCCGGGUGUCCUUGUGCGGGCCUGGCCGGCCACGGCGGUCCGAUUCCUGCCCUGCGCUCUCCCACGGGGCGGGCGAGGUGCCCCACAGUGGUGCGGGAGGCUCCUCGGGCCCCAGGAGAAGACGACACAGGCGUGAGAUGCUCUCAAGCGGGCACGGGCCUUACGAGCUGUCCCGGGCACCCCUCCGGGACUCAGGGCAGCCGGGAGCUUGUGUCCUGCGGGAGUCCUACAGUCCCAGAGAGCCCCCGUCCAGAGAGCCUGCCAAGCCGGGGGUGGCGGAGUGGCGGGCAGACAGAAGCCAGCGUCUGCAGAAAGUGGUUCUGGGGGACUGAGCAGGCUUGUGACAGGGUAUUGUAGGUGGCAGCUGUGGGGCAGGGGCUGACCGAACGGGGCAUGGGAGUUGCUGGCCCUGCUGGCCCCCACCUGGCUGAGAUGGCCCCUCCUCCUCCUGCCUGGACCCUUAUUGUCCCGGCAAAGGGACAAGUCCAGGUGGGCUGUGAGCCACGCCCGGUAGGGCUGUGGGACAGACUGCGGCUCUCCGGACGGGGCUGCAGCGGAGGGCUUGCUGGAGGCGCUGCGGCGGGAGGGGGUGGAGACUCCCUGCAGGUCUGCCGGAGUAGAUCAAGGCCCUCAGCUCCAGCGUGUGUGGGAUUCCCGGCACCAGUCACUGGGGAACAGGAAUCGCUGGUCCCUGAGUCCAGGCGGCUCUGGCAGGAAACCUCUCAGCUAGGGGGCAGGGGCAGGGGCAGCAGCUGUUGGGGCCCCCACACGGAGGGCAAGGGUGCAGCUGUGCUUACAGCUCUCUGGCCUCUGGGCCCUCCCCAGCCCCCGCCACCUCUGGGUGUUCACGAGGGUAGCCCAGGUGGGAACCCAUGGAAGGUCCUGGUGACUCAGGUGACACUUGUGAAGUCAGGAUUUUCGGUAAGUUAAGUGCGGUGUUUGGGGUGUCGCUGUACAUUCCCAGAAUUCCCUUCUGGGGAUAGCUCUGGGCAGGACUGGACUCCCGGGCACUCACUUUGGAAUGGGGGAGGAGGAGGGGUGAAGGCCAUCCUGGGCAGAAACGGACAGAUGUAGAAGGGUCGGGUUGGAGGGACGGGGCCGUCUCCCAAGUGUGUCCCCCUCUUCCCGACAGAGGCCCUCCCCGCCACCAGCAUCCCUUAUGGGAAGCUCACAGUGGCCAAGCUCUGAAGGGGCCACUGCCUUCCCCAGACCUCUCCCUCCGCCCCCUCCUUGUGGUCCUGCUUGCAGAGCUGGGCCUGCCCAGCUCCCCUGCUCCCCUGUAAGCUCUUGCCUCAGCACCCGCCCCCCUGCCUGGGGAGGGCUGCUUAGUGCCCCCCCCCCCGCAAUUCUCCAGCUCCCUAGCUCCCUUCCACAGUUGUGUCGAGUCUUUCGCCACGCUCACAGGACUUUUGCUUCUUGGAGUGAACCCUGACACAGGCAGAAAUUCGGCACAAACUUGGCUUAAACCAAAAACGAAACGUUGGUUCAUGGGACCAAGAAGCCCAGGGAAGUGGCGUCAGGUGGCUUCAGCAGCUACUCACCCUCCGAGCCUUCUGUUGCCCUCAUGGGACGCAGUCUACUGUCUGCUCGAGCGCAGCAGCAAGAAAGCUUUUCCCAGUAACUCGGGUGCCGAUUGGGGAUUGGCCUUGGCAGCACCCUUGGCCGGCUUGGCAAGGAUGGGCCUGCUGACCGGAGCCGCUUGCCCAAGCUCCUGCCCUGCUGAGUUCCUCAGUGUUUAUGACACACAACCUAAGGUUGUCGAUGCCAUUCUCCCCGUGGAGACCUGGGCUCCCGUUCUCCUGGAGCCUCGCCCCUAAACAGGUUCUGGACACGGUAAGGCUUCAGUAAAUGCCUGGGGUUGGCCCGAACACAGUGAACGCUGGGUCUGCAGGUGCCUUUGGACACUGCCAGGGGUCCCUGGAAUGGUGCUCAGUCUCCCUGAGUCACAGGCCCCUCAUCAGGGAUUGGGGACGAGAAGGUUCCCUGGCACGUUGCGUUGUGGGGGCACGUCACAUCGUGGGGGCUGCGAACGGGCGUGGGGAGCGCGGUGUGGUGCUUGGCAAGGAGGGUGCCCGCGAGCAAAGAAACCUCGCCGACCACUCUGCUGGAGGUGUCCCCGGCCGGCGCCCAGAGAGACGGAAGGACGGGCUGCGGCAAAUCCGGACACGCCGGCGGUGAGGGGGAGAGGCCUGCCUGCGUCCAUCCUGCGCAGGGACCUGAGAGGUCCUGCGGGCCCCGGGGUCGCUUCCAGCUCCGUCCCCAUCACUGUUUGCUUGGAAACGCGCGGCCUGCUCUGGCGCUCGGGGCACGUCUGCCCACACCCGGCGGGCAGCAGCCGCGCUCCGGAGCCACAGGCUACUCGGCCGCUCGCCCUGUCGCUCGCACGUCACCUUCGCAUCUCACGGUGAGUCCUUUUCCGUGAGCGUGUGGGGAGGCGGCUGACCUGUUGGCCUCCGACAGGAAGACAUGAAGGGAGACCACGGUGUCCCCAGCCUGAAGCCCUCCUCUCUCAGGCCCUGCUCAGGACCAGGGCUCCGCAAACGCAGCCGCCGCCCGUCUUUGUAAAUAAAGUUUUAUUGGCACGCAGCCAUGCCCAUCCUUUGGCCUUUGGCCUGUGGCUGCCCAUCCCCCACCCCGGCUGCAGGGGCUCCGCUGAGCAGUUCAGGGGAGAUCCUGGGCCUGAAGGGCCUGAAGGGCCUGAAGUAUUUACCAGGUGGCCGGACAGAAGUGUGCAGCCCCUGCCCUAGACCCUGGCCGCGUGGCCUCCCCAGCCUGUGGACCCCGCCCCCCAGGAGCCCGCUGCCCCGCCGUGGCUCCUGCGUGUUAUUCGUGACCCGAGCGCGGCCGUGCCAGGCGGUCAGAGCGUGCCAGGCGGUCAGAGCGCUCCCUUCCUCGCGGCCUGUGGUUUUCUUCCCGCCGCGGGAGCUGCCUCUCUCCGGCGCGUCGUCCCUGGGGGAGAAAGCCCCCUGCGUCGCGUCUCCUCUCCCUGGACUUGAGACGAUGGGCAGUCAGCAUCCGUGCUCGCGGGGGGCCUGCUGCACGGGCAAAGGCCUUUUUAUGUUUAUGGGAAGGAUGUUUCGUAAGUGCUCUUGCAACGGCUCCCUGGCAGGCGGAAUCGGCCUUCUUGUGAAAUGUGUGGUUUCUCUUUCGAGGGGAAAGAGCCGCGGGGGGACAGCGUGAUCUUGACGUCAGGUCAGCGGCCCGUCUCGAGCACAACUUGCCCUCGGCCAAUGUUCCCACAGAGGCCCUGGAAUACUGGGAAGAAACGGUCCUCCGUCCGUGCCACCCACCAGGACGCUGCGAUUGUUACUGUGUCAUGAAAUAUUCACACGCACACACGCACACACGCACACACGCACGCACACCGCGUGCGUUUCGUCAAUGAGGUGGCCCUCGGGCCCACAGCAGCCCAGGGAAGGAGCGCUGGCUGGGGUUCUGGCCGGAGCUGCAGGCUCUGGUGGGUUUCUGCUUCCUGCGCCAGCUUCCUGGGGCCUCGGCCCCCCUCCAGGGCGGCAACAGAGGCGGUGAGCUUACUCCUGCAGCAGGCGCCUGUCGCAUGCCCGGCUGGCGGACUCAGAACGUGGCAGGGACAGGUGGGCUGGCCUCCGGCAGGUGGGAAUCUCGUGUCUGCGGCGCCACGCUCCCUGCUGCCCACUCUCUCCGUGGUGCCAGCUGCUUCAGAGGAGGCCGCCAACCGCCUCUGGGCCCAUUAGAGUGUCUUAGGAAAUCCAUCAAGGACUGCCCUAUACAAGGGGCUCUGAUGGGUUCUGACACCUUCCCUGGGCCGCACAGAGAUCUCCAGAGCAUGGGACCGUGAGACGGGGGUCCUGUGGACCCAUGGCCCCGUGGCUGGCUCCUCUGUGGUGAGGCAGGGGGCCUUCCCGUGGAGGAUGCUGUGGGCAGGAAUCUGGAUGCUAGGUCAGCACAGCCAGGGAAGGAAGUGAGGGGGGUGGCCUGUCAGCCAGGAGUCAGCCGGCAGUCCCCCGCCCCCUGGUCAGAGAGGCCCAGGGCCCAGGAGCAGCUGCGGGACACUUUGGGCUGGUGGCUGGGAAGGAGAGGGCAGUGGUCUUUGUGAGCCCUCCACGGUGUCCUUCCAGAACCUUCAGCCUCAUGAGCACAGGAAAGGCUGUCCUGAGCAGGACGGGAGACUGCAGAAGCUGGAGUUCGAGUGGCCUGUAGGACGGAGCCCCCGACCCUGAGGAAAGCCGGCUCCAGGCAGGAGGAAGGCUUUGGGGUGCAGCCAGGACGAUGGCUGAGCUGGGCAUGGCCCCCCAUCUCCGGCGCAGCAACAGCAGCGUCUGCAAGGCCCGGAGGCUGCAGCACCUGUUUGGAAACAGCACAAAGGACCGAGGCAGGUGUCCAGACCCUUAUCCGCUGCACGGCUCUGUUCUCGAGCAAGAAAAUCUCAGCUCGUGGGUCCCGCAAAAUAUCAAGAAGAAGGAGUGUGUGUACUUCGUGGAGAGCCCCAAGCUGUCGGAUGCCGGGAAGGUGGUGUGUGAGUGCGGACACACACGCCAGCAACACUUGGAGGAGGCCACCAGGCCCCACACUUUGCAGGGCAAGGAUUGGGACCCCAAAAAACAUGUCCAGGAGAUGCCAACGGACGCCUUUGGUGACAUUGUUUUCAAGGGCCUGGGCCAGAAGGUGGGAAAGUACGUCCGCCUCUCCCAGGACACGCCCCCCAGUGUGAUCUACCACCUCAUGACCCAGUACUGGGGCCUGGAUGUCCCCAACCUCCUCAUCUCGGUGACAGGUGGGGCCAAGGACUUCAACAUGAAGCCUAGGCUGAAGAGUGUGUUCCGAAGAGGCCUGGUCAAGGUGGCCCAGACCACAGGGGCCUGGAUUAUCACCGGCGGGUCCCACGCGGGCGUCAUGAAGCAGGUGGGCGAGGCAGUGCGGGACUUCACCCUGAGCAGCUGCCGCGAUGAGGGAGACAUCGUCACUGUUGGAAUCGCCACGUGGGGCACCGUGCACAACCGAGAGGGCCUGAUCCAUCCCUCGGGCGGCUUCCCUGCGGAGUACAUCGUGGACGAGGAAGGCCAGGGGUGCCUGAGCUGCCUGGACAGUAACCACUCCCACUUCAUCCUUGUGGACGACGGGACCCACGGCCGCUACGGGGUCGAGAUCCCCCUGAGGACGAAGCUGGAGAAGUUCGUGUCGGAGCAGACAAAGGAAAGAGGAGGUGUGGCCAUCAAGAUCCCUGUCGUCUGUGUGGUGCUGGAAGGGGGGCCCGGCACCCUGCAUACCAUCUACAACGCCAUCACCAACGGCACCCCCUGUGUGGUCGUGGAGGGCUCGGGCCGCGUGGCCGACGUCAUCGCCCAGGUGGCCGGCCUGCCCAUAUCCGAGAUCACCAUCUCCAGGGUUCAGGAGAAGCUCAGCCUGUUCUUCCAGGAGACGUUUGAGACCCUCAGUGAGAGCAGGAUUGUCGAGUGGACCAAAAAGAUUCAGGACAUCGUCCGGAGACGGCAGCUGCUGACCAUCUUCCGGGAAGGCAAGGACGGCCAGCAGGACGUGGACGUGGCCAUCCUGCAGGCCUUGCUGAAAGCCUCUCGGAGCCACGACUACUUUGGCCACGAGAACUGGGACCACCAGCUGAAGUUGGCCGUGGCGUGGAACCGCGUGGACAUCGCCCGGAGUGAGAUCUUCUCCGGUGAGCGGCAGUGGAAGCCUUCAGAGCUGCACCCCGUGAUGAUGGCGGCCCUCAUCUCCAACAAGCCCGAGUUCGUGAAGCUCUUCCUGGAGAACGGCGUGCGGCUGAAGGAGUUCGUCACGUGGGACACCCUGCUCUCCCUGUACCAGCACCUGGACCCCUCCUGCCUGUUCCACAGCAAGCUGCAGAAGGUGCUGGCCGAGGAGCCCGAGCGGCCGGCCGGCGGGCCCACCGUCCCCCACGUGCAGAUGCACCAUGUGGCCCAGGUGCUCCGGGAGCUUCUGGGGGACUUCACGCAGCCGCUGUACCCCCGGCCUCGGACUGGCGAUCGGCCCCGGCUCCUGCUCCCCGUGCCCAACAUGAAGCUCAACAUGCAGGGAGUGAGCCUCCGGUCCCUCCACAAGCGUUCCUCAGGACAUGUGGCCUUCACCAUGGACCCAGUCCGCGAUCUUCUCAUUUGGGCCAUCGUCCAGAGUCGUCGGGAGCUGGCGGAAAUCAUCUGGGCCCAGAGCCAGGACUGCAUUGCGGCGGCCUUGGCCUGCAGCAAGAUGCUGAAGGAGCUGUCCAAGGAGGAGGAGGACACGGACAGCCUGGAGGAGAUGCUGGCGCUGGCCAGCGAGUUUGAACACAGAGCCGUCGGGGUGUUCACCGAGUGCCACCGGAAGGACGAGGAAAGGGCACAGAAACUGCUCACCCGUGUGUCGGAGGCCUGGGGGAGGACCACCUGCCUGCAGCUGGCCCUGGAGGCCAAAGACAUGAAGUUCGUGUCUCACGGAGGCAUCCAGGCUUUUCUAACCAAGGUGUGGUGGGGCCAGCUCUGUGUGGACAACGGGCUCUGGCGGGUGAUCCUGUGCAUGCUGGCCUUCCCGCUGCUCUGCACCAGCUUCGUCUCCUUCAGGGAGAAGAAGCUGCAGGCCGGGAGGGGCCUGCUCCGGGUCCGCGCCUUCUUCAGCGCCCCCGUGGUCAUCUUCCACCUCAACAUCCUGUCCUACUUCGCCUUCCUGUGCCUCUUCGCCUACGUGCUCAUGGUGGACUUCCAGCCCGCGCCCUCGUGGUGCGAGUGCCUCAUCUACUUCUGGCUCUUCUCUCUGGUGUGUGAGGAGCUGCGACAGCUCUUCUACGACCCCGACGAGCUUGGGCUGACGAAGGUGGCGCUUCUGUACUUCAGCGACUUCUGGAACAAACUGGACGUCGGCGCCAUCUUGCUCUUCGUAGCAGGACUGACCUGCAGGCUCAUCCCUGGGCUGCUGUACCCGGGACGCAUCAUCCUCUCCCUGGACUUCAUCAUGUUCUGCCUCCGGCUGAUGCACAUUUUCACCGUCAGUAAGACGCUGGGGCCCAAGAUCAUCAUCGUGAAGCGGAUGAUGAAGGACGUCUUCUUCUUCCUCUUCCUGUUGGCGGUGUGGGUGGUGUCUUUUGGGGUGGCCAAGCAGGCCAUCCUCAUCCACAACGAGAGCCGAGUGGACUGGAUCUUCCGGGGGGUGGUCUACCAGUCGUACCUCACCAUCUUCGGGCAGAUGCCGGCUUACAUCGACGGUGUGAAUUUCAGCCUGGACCAGUGCAGCCCCAACGGCACGGACCCCUACAAGCCCAAGUGUCCCGAGAGCGACACCGUCCGGCACGAGCCUGCCUUCCCCGAGUGGCUGACGGUCACCCUGCUGUGUCUCUACCUGCUGUUCACCAACAUCUUGCUGCUGAACCUCCUCAUUGCCAUGUUCAACUACACGUUCCAGCAGGUCCAGGAGCACACGGACCAGAUCUGGAAGUUCCAGCGCCACGACCUGAUAGAGGAGUACCACGGCAGGCCCCCCGCGCCGCCCCCCUUCAUCCUCCUCAGCCACCUGCACCUGUUCAUCAAGAGGGUCGUCCUGAAGGUGCCCGCCAAGAGGCACAAGCGGCUCAAGAGCAAGCUGGAGAAGAAUGAGGAGGCCGCGCUCCUGUCCUGGGAGGUCUACCUGAAGGAGAAUUACCUGCAGAACCAGCGGUACCAGCAGAAGCAGAGGCCAGAGCAGCAGAUUCAAGACAUCGGCGAGAAGGUCAACACCGCAGUGGACCUGCUGGAAAUGGAGGGUCGCAAGCGGUCCAGCUCCCUGGAGCAGAGGCUCGCCUCCCUGGAGGCGCAGGUGGCCCAGACGUCCAGAGCAUUGCACUGGGUCAUGAAGGCACUGAGGGACAGUGGCUUUGGCUCAGAGGAGGCCCUCCCCACACUGGCACCCCAGAAGGCCUCAGAGGGGCAGGACCAUGAGCUGGACGGCAGGCAGAAGGCAGAGGAUGUGGGCGACAGCCACCACGUGAACGCCCGGCACCUCCUUUACCCUCACUCCCACGUCACACGUUUCCCCGUGCCCAACGAGAAGGUGCCCUGGGAGACGGAGUUUCUCAUCUACGACCCACCCUUUUACACGGACGACAGGAAGGACAAGGGCUUGGUGGACCCCGUGGGAAACGCCCCGGAAGCCUUGGCCGGCAUCAGCUACAACGCCGUGGACGGGCCCACAGACCGGCGGAGCUUCCACGGGCUCUACGUGGUGCAGGACGGGCUCCCUCUGAACCCCAUGGGCCGCACAGGACUGCGCGGGCGAGGGAGCCUUUGUCGCUUUGGACCCAACCACACGCUGCAGCCCGUGAUCACGCGGUGGAGGCGGAACCAGGACGGAGCCAUCUGCAGGAAGGGCAUCAAGAAAAUGCUGGAAGUGCUGGUCGUGAGGCCCCCGCGCUCGGAGUCCUGGGCCCUGCCAGGGGGCUCCCGGGAGCCGGGGGAGAUGCUGCCCCGGAAGCUGAAGCAGGUCCUCCGAAGGGAGUUCUGGUCGUCCUUCCAGAACUUGCUGAUUCAGGGCACCGAGGUGUACAAGGGGUACGUGGACGACCCAAGGAACACAGACAACGCCUGGAUAGAGACAGUGGCCGUCAGCAUCCACUUCCCGGACCAGAGCGACAUGGAUCUGAAGAGGCUGAACUCUCACCUGCACACCUGCGAGCCCGGGAUGUCCGUCCAGUGGCAGGUCGUGGACAAGCGCAUCCCGCUGUACGCCAACCACAAGACCGUGCUCCAGAAGGUGGCCGCUCGGUUCGGGGCUUUCUACUGACCCGUGCAGUCCGGCCAGGCCCCGCCGCCAGGGGAGGGCGAGGCUUGUCCUCCUGCGGUCCCCGUGGAGACGUGCGCUGCCCCGGACACAGGCUACUACCAGCUGCCGGAGCCAGUCGCUCCCGGGCCCUGGGCGGGCGGGGGGCUGCUUCCAGGCACCGUGUGGUGUGGCGUGGGCUCCGCCGCCUCUCACGGCCACCUUGAGCUGCCGGGCAGAUGAGCCUGUGACGUGGAGGGCGUCAGCGUGCCCCAGAGGAGAGCCCAGGCAAGGGACAGCUGGCUCGGGUCAGAGGGCCAUUCCCCAGGGUUGACAUGGCCCCUGGGACCCCACAGCCAUCCCUGCCCCUGCGGCCUCGGCCCUCGGCCAGCAAGAUCCCUCCUGUCCACGUCGUGGGCAGCUCGUCCACGACCGACGUGUGUGGGCCCAAGGUCUGCGUUUCCUGGACGGCCGGUGCUCCCCGUGGUCUUCUCCUUGGGUCCACACCCCGGAGAUGGUGUCCACCAUGACCUUACGUGGACCCUCGCCCGCUCUGGGGUCGGGGGCACCCGCAGCCGCAGUUCACUGCCCGAGCAGUCGGGGCUGGGCCCGUGCGUGAGGGGACGGGGCCCACACGAGCACACGCUUCUCUGGAGAUCCAAGGCCAGGGACUCAGGCAGGGGGUCUCCAGGCACAGUACCCCCGUCCCAUGAGCCCAGGGAGGGCAAGCGGUGGGCCUCGGUGGCGGGGAUGCCCCUGCUCCGUGUCAGUGGUGUGCGUGAACCGCCCAGAGUGGCCAGGGCUGGAAUACUGUAAAACCAACAUUAAACGUGCUGCCCAAACCGGCUGGGCCAGCGUCUCCUGUGCGUCCCGCACACCGGGUUCGACAGACAGCGGUCAGGGGGCUGAGUUUGGGCCACUGACACCUCUUCCAAGCCAUAGCCAAGCCCCCCCGGGGCCCGAGGGCAUCUCCGGCGGCAUCUCCUUCCGGCUCGUCCCCGGGACAUCCUGCAGGCCCCUGAGGCCCGAACUGGCGUCCCUCUCAGACCCACCGCUGCCCGGCGCCCUUUCUGUGGCUCCCCCCACGCAGGUGCUCAGGUGUGGGGACCUUGGUGGCACCAAAUAAAGACACUUUAGAAUUGUAAAGGCUCAAAAAACGCGUUACCCACGCGCCCUUUCCGAAAGACUCUAAGACUCUCUAAGAGCAGGCCCUGACUUAGCCUGGCUGAGCCGCGGGCGUUCGCGUCCAGUCGGUCCGGGAGGCCGAGGACCCAGACCGAAGGGGCGGGUGGGGCUGGCUGCGGCGCGGGCUCUCCUCCUGGCUUGCACGCCCGGCUCGCCUGCCGGGCUCGGCGUUUGCACAGAGAGGGCCUCGGGCUCCCGCGUCCCGUCUUACGAGGUCCCUGUCCCUGUCACCUCAGGACUGCACGCCUUCGCCCCGUCCGACUUCAUGACUCCCUUACAGGCUCCAGAUACAGCCACACUGGGAGUUAGGCCUCCGACACGGGGCCUUGGUGGGGGACAAACGUUCGGUCCGUAACACACACGCACACACACCUGCGCGGGCGCACAGACCAAGGUCUGUGCUGAGAAAAGACACGGUUAAAUCGUGUGGCUUAGCUGGCCUCCCCGGAGCCGGCGGAGGAGACAGGCGGCGGUCCCAGUGCCCGGGUCUCCUCUCCCGCGUGAGGAGGCAGGAAAUGCCACCCACGGUCCUGCCACGCGGCCGGCAGGGCUCACAGACGUGGGGCCACAGGACGGCUGUGAGGCUCGUGGCCGAACGACAAGGUCCAGAGAAGCACCAGGACCCACAGAGAACGUUUACUGUGAAACGGGGUAGGAAACACUCGAAACGGCAGCAACUGCGACACGUUUAGAUCGUGAUUUUCAUAUCAGAU